AAAUGUUGAUGACGUCAAAUAUGCGACUCAACCCAUGUCUCCAAUGUUUCACUUCAGUAAAAUGUAAGGACUUUUUAUUUUCAAAUAGAUUUAAAUGUUAUUAGAAAGGUGUUUAAUUAUGAUGAGUAUAGUGUACAAAAUCACGAGAUGCAUUAAUGUUAACGUGGCUUCUUUCCUGAUCCAGUGAUAUUAUAUUUGAUGGUUUGGUAGUCUAUUAAAUUAUUCUAUUUCUUGUUUAAGCUGUCAAUACAUUAUUUUAUCAAGUAGAAGUUUGUUGGUGCCAUGAGGUCAAGCAUCAUAUGCAAACUCAAAACCUGUUCAAUGCAUUUUAACCCUGUCUUGUACCAUGGGACUGUUGUCAAUAGGGAAACUUACUUGAUUUCAAAACUGUACUACAAUGCACGCUGUUUAAGCUCUAAAAAUACAUUUCAAAAGACCAACGCGGUAGACAAAACCCAAAACAAGGAUUCAGAGAACCAAAGAGGUUAUAGAGACAGAUAUGGAAAAGAGAAUGGCCAGAAGGAAAGAAACUGGAUAGACACGUCUCUGCAACGAUCCUCUACCAAAUCUGUGUUUGCUGCUGGGACUGCAAAGAAAACAGCAGAAAUACUGAGGAAGAAAGCAGCUCUGGUCUCUGGGAUGCGGCCAGCCACUCUGGAUGACCCCAAACCGAAAACAAUAGCAGAGAGGGACAAGCUUCCUGAUCGACCCCUGUCUGUUGCAGAGUGGAGAAAAUUGAAGGAGUCUAUGAUUAAUGUCCAGCGUUUUGAAAUCUACACAAUGAAUGGACUGUUCAACACUGGAGCAGAUUUGGAUAUUGCCAAAUCAUUGCUGACUUUUGUUGUCACUGAAACGGGAACCCUGUCCUAUGAGUUGCUGCUAAGAUAUCUGACGCUUUGUGUGAUGGGCGGCCAUGACAGUGAAGUGUUUGACGUCUAUGACAUCAUGCGAACAUCUUUCCCUUCCCUGGAAACAGGAGCCUCCAGCCUCUUUAUAAAGUCCUUCUGCCGCACAGAGAGGUGGAGGAAGGCUCUUGUCAUUCUGCAAGAACUCAAAAAGGUAGUCACCCCAUCACCACGUAACUAUGGUGACAUAAUAUCAGCUGCAGUUCAGCACAGUGAUUUUACUACAACCUGGAUGCUUUAUGAUGAGUUAAUAGAAAAAGGACUGAGCCCACAUGCUGAGACCUGGGAAGUGCUUUUCAGUGGAGCAAAUGGGACUAAUGCAAAGGAAGAGGAGGAAAAGAUCAGGCCUCCACUAAAGCAGCGGCUUCUGGGUAUUCUGCACCACAUGCGGGAAAACCAGAUCUAUCCACCAAAAAACUUGGCAAAAAGCAUCAAGACCUGGUUUGAAAGUCUUGAGGACCAAAAAUGGGAAGGAAGGUGGACCACUACCUCCCCAAAGGGCAUGUGCCACUGUUGUGGGACUGAGCUGGAGUCCAUUCAGCUGACUGAGGAGGAAUACAAACAGCUCAAAGAUAAAGUGAUGGUCAAUGUCAUCCAGGGACAAGAUGUUUUUAACAAGACUACCCCUCAGGAGCUGGAGAGGUUUAAAGCAUUUGUGAAAAGAAAGCCUGCUUUUGAUGUGGUUGUUGAUGGACUAAAUGUCGCCAAUAUCAAUAAAGAUAAAAGCAAGCUCUCAGAAACGUUGUUGGCAGUGGUGUCUGAGCUUGUGCUUCAGGGUCAGACAGUGCUAGUUUUGGGGAGAAAACACAUGCUGCGUCCAACCAGAUCCUGGGACAGAAACAACAUGAAUUCUCUCCAGCAGAAAGCCCACUGUUUCUUCACUGAGAACAUCUCUGAGGAUGAUCCUUUCCUGUUAUACGCUGCUUUGCAUUCUGGGAAUCACUGUCGCUUUGUGAGCAGAGAUCUAAUGAGAGAUCACAAGGCCUGUCUGCCAGAUGGAGCCACCAAGCGCCUCUUCUUUAAGUGGCAGAGGGGACAUCAGCUGGUGGUUGACGGUUACAUAGCACCAGGAAGGAAAGUCUGUUUUCAGGGCAUUCCCAGCUAUGACACUAUUAUCCAGACGUCAGGAGGUUCAUGGCAUAUUCCCUAUGAUGACUCAGACGACAGAUGCACCUAUGAAGUGCCACAGAAGUGGUUGUGCCUUACAAGUCAACAACACUGAAACUGAUUUUCCCCAUACCAUACAGUACAUAACAAAUGUAUAAAAUUAAAACUAUGUUGAUAAAAGCAAAUGUGUUUCUCCAGUGUAGGAUCUUUAAAUGGUGUAGUAUUAUUGACAUUUUCAGUUUAGUAAGAACAGAAUAUUGUUACUUGAAAAGUACAAUUUAAAGAAUUUGGUUCAAAUAUUAUGUAAGUGGUGCACUAAAAUUAAAUACAAAUGUUGCUCAAGCUUGUUACAGUUACAAAUCCUUAGACAUUAUCAAGUCUAUGUAUCAAAAUUAUUGACCAAAGCCUGAAUAAUGAGAGGGAUUUAAUUGUAUGAAUCACAUAAUUUACUGGAAUUCAAAAGUAAAUUUCAAAUCUCAAAUUGAACAGAACCAAAAAGUUUUCAUUUCAGUUCAUUUUUAUCCAACUCCCUUCCUUCCCAGUACUGUCACAUCCUGUUGUUGGGGACUGUCGCAUGAAUACUGAGGACAGCUGAGUGUUCUGUUCCUGGGAAUUUCCUGCCACUUCCUCAAUGACCCCACCCUCUGAAAAACUUCCUGCAUUGAAUAAGAGCCUCAAUCCGACACCCAUUUCCCAAACACCUUAAUGCUCAAAGUACACACACACAGCAGGAGCAACUAUCCUUGAUUCGUAUCUUUUCCGAUUUCUAUGAAGUUGUUAAGGUUGCCAAGUUUGAAAAUAAAAGCAAUUCUGAGUAAUAAUA